GACCGAUCACGUGAUGAUCACACCAUCGCAGGUCCUUUAGGCAGCUGUAUCUAUCUGGUGUGAGCCAAGCCUCGGCGUUUCCUGGCCCCUGACCACCUGGGGCGCUCCCGGCACUCCUGCAGCUGGCCGGCAGAUGCUGAACACAGAAUAUGGGCUCCAUUAUGUCCGCCUAUACCAGCCACGUGAGCGCUCGGAGGCCGGCGGGCAGCUCGCAUGUUGAGGAUGAUGACGAUUUGUUGGAUGGAAAGGACAGAGAAGAAGACAUUGCUCAGUUUCCAUAUGUCGAGUUUACAGGACGUGACAGCAUUACGUGCCCGUCUUGCCAAGGAACUGGGUGCAUUCCAACAGAACAAGUGAAUGAGUUGGUUGCACUUAUACCAUAUAGCGACCAAAGGCUGCAGCCCCAGAGGACGAAAUGUUACGUUGUCCUCUCCGUUCUGCUGUGCCUCUUAAUCUGUGGUUUGGUGGUGUUUUUUCUAUUUCCACGCACUGUUCUUGUCCAGGAUGGUGGCAUACGAAUGGUACAAGUGUGGUUUGAUAAGGAGAAUGACAUUGUGAACCUUGCAAUGACGAGCACUCUACAUAUAACAAAUUCCAACUUCUAUUCAAUCUCUGUGGACAGUCUUAUAAGCCAAGUACAGUACAUGAACACAGUGAUUGGAACCCAGCAGCAGAGUAACGUGUCUGUCAUCCAGCCGCUCAGUGAGAAACUGGUGAAUUUCACAGUGAAGUUGGAGUUAGGUGGAAUUCUGUCUUAUUUAUAUAACUUCUGCACACUGCCCACAGUUAAAGUGCACAACAUUGUUGUUUUUGUGCGAACAUCGGUGAAAUUUUCUUACGUCGGGCACACCUCGCAAAGCUCCUUGGAGACUUACCAAUACAUCGAUUGUGGUGCAAAUUCAACAAUAUUCACCGACCACCAUGCUUUAUAAAGUAACUAAAGCAUAAUCGGCAAUAUGCUGUCUUGCCCCUGUGAGUCAUCUACAGAAAUGAUAAAUCUACAUCUGCACCAGCCUGGCACUCAUGUUUACAUUACAAAGUACUGGAAUCUGCACUGGCACUUUUUUUGCACUGGUGCUCCCCUUCUUUGUCUUUAUUUUAAUUAAUUGUAAAAUGUUUUGUAGUAAUUAAAGACCAGAACAUUCGCAGUUUUAAAUCUUAUUUCAUUAAGCUUUUCAGGACAUCCGCCAUACAUGCACAGCGGAAGUCCGAUGUUUCAAAAUGACUCUCUCUCCUGAGUGCAUCAGGCGCCUUUCCACUGGUUUUCUGCUGUUUUAAACCGCAGAUACCCAUGGCUGAUGUCUGUGAUUGGCAUAUUAAGCUGCUUUCCCUGGUACGGUGUGUGUCUGGGGCACAAACUGUUCUGAUGCAUGGUGAUUAGAGGAGCCAGUCCAUAGGAACAUAGUGCAACUCCCAUAGGCUGCAAUGUUAAUUCAUUACAGUCUUUGGGAUAAGCAAGUUAAAGGGGUUCUGCAGUUUGUUUAAACUGAUGAUCUAUCCUCUGGAUAGAUCAUCAGCAUCUGAUCG